AUGCCCACGCACACAACAAGUGGUGCAGAACCUCCGCAACCACCUCUUACCAGGAGUCCAGCUCAUGAUCCAAAUGCUGUUUCUCUUUACACGUUAGACGGCAAAGUCAAACAUAUUCCGAAGAGAUUUCGCAGUCAGUUACAGCUUUGCAAAAAGGUUAUUCUUACGAGGACGUGUCAGAUGAUCCCUUGCAAGUGGCGGAGAGAGGAACUAGGGGAAGACGAGCUGUUGAAUUUUCGAAAGGAUUUCUCCUUCGUUUUGAAAUUAGACGGGAUAUACAUAGGAGAGAUACUCGAAGACACACCUUCAGUCCCUUGCACCGUGCAACCGCAUUCACGAAUACGCAACUACCAGCAAGGACCAAAAUUCCCAACAAACAAAUCAGGUCUUGACCCUUAUCUAACUCCUCCGGAAACGGGAGAACGGUACACCGGUAUACCUCGGCAGGUGCAGAUGCAUCGUAUUGCAGGACUGAAUGCAGUGGCGAUGCAGUGUGGACAUGCUCGCGACCGAGGGAAGAACUGGGGGCGUCACGGGAGUUCCUGGUGGAGGUCUCGUCUACUGAAAGUGGUCCUGGAUUUCACUGGAGUUGAUCGAGAGAUGAUUGAUGGAAUCAAGAAUGACUAUCGGGAGUUACAGCUUCAAAGGUCAGCGACAGCUACGGUUAUGAGAUGAAGUUGAGCAAACGAUCAGAGGUUGACUUCUAAUAAACUUAAAGAGGCGAGGAGAUCAUUAAUCAAUGAAUGAUAGAUAUGACACCAAGCAACAGAUGACAACGAAUGAAAACAUAAUAAUAAAACAACAUUCUCGCCUUACAAUGACAACGGCAAAUACAGAAAUACCCAAGAAUGCCAAUCAAUUUUAUGGAUCAAUUUUAUGGAUAUUUUUAGCUCUUCGUGUAUCACCUUUGUCUUUAUUGAGAAGAGCGAGAGCAGACGGAAAAAUAAUAAUAAUAAUAAUGAUAAUAAUAAUAAUCUUUAUGCUUAUCAAUUUUGAUAAGUAUCAAGAUCAGAAAAUAAAAAUAAGAAGGAUAUGGGAUAUGCCAGUGGAAAUUGUACCCAUAAUCAUAGGAUUACUAGGCACGAUCCAAGAUCCCUGGAAAGGAACCUGGAAAAACUACAUGCCGAAGCAGCUCCAGGUCUCAUGCAGAAGAGUGUGCUCCUAGAAACAGCGCACAUAGUAAAGUGAUGGACUCCUAAGGAAGCAGGAUGCAACCCGGAACCCCACACUAUAAAAAUACUACCCAGUCGAAUAGGAUGAGUGAGAUAAAAAAGAAAAUAAUGGUAAGAAGAAGAAGAAGAAGAAUAAGAAGAAGAAGAAGAAGAAGAAGAAGAAGAAGAAGAUACAAGAGGGCUUGCAACAUGUACCAAAUGCAUUUAUGGUAGGCGGGGAUAACAUUCGCUCUCUCUCGCUAUUGGUCACUAUGGUUAACUCCUCAGCCAAUAGGAAUACAGCAAGUUUUAAAACUACUACAUGACCAAAUGUAAGCUGCCAAAAAAAUGUAUGCAAUUCAGUAUCUUCGAACCGAAGUGUUUGAUUCCCUUCUUGAAAUUGAAAAAGCAUGAUUUCACGGUAAGAUAAAUUGACGUUUUUCAAAGUAAGAGAUAUAAAUGACAAUUUAUGACUGCUUUUUGUCACGUAUCGAACACAUUUUGAGUUAAAGACAGAUUAAAGGGAUUGGAAAACAACUCACCUGUCUGAGUCGCGCAUGCAUUCGGAUGCUGGCUUUGGCUUCAGACAAGUGCUCGCUGAUCCAGGUAGGAAAACUUGAGUGCAUUCGUCCUUUCAACUCUGGAACUAACUUUUCAAAGGAUAUAUUCCCUUCCCUGCAUCUGUUUCCCACGCGUGGGAACGAAGCAGUGGUAUGGGAAUGCAUAGUAUCUUUCAAACGGCGCUGGGCUCAUUCGAAAGCAAAAUGUGAAUGUUGCCAAUGUUAGCCACAUAACUGUUUACCUUUCAGCUUCAUUUGUUUUCAGUAGUUGAUGUUAUUUGUCUUUUUGUUAGAUAUACUAUCAGAACUUUCAACUGCCGACGUCGUUUAGCUGUUAACUAUACACUGUUUUUUUCCAUCUGUCCAUCCGCCUGUGGUGGUCGCGCAUGGUAACACUGCGUCCCGGGCUUUAAAUAGCUACGCUAUGUCUAAGUUUUAGAUAAAUAAAAGGAUAUCUUGGAGUACAUUUGCAACUGAAAAGUGUUUUAAUAAUUGACGGUAUGCGAAUUGCACCGUUAAUAUUCGAAAACACCACAGGCGGAUGGACAGAUGGAAAAAUCAGAGUAUAGUUGACAUCAUCCAGUCUUCCAGUAUUUGAUGCCACUUACUUUUUUCACUGUUUGAUACUAUUCAUCCUUCUGGCAACUGAUGCCAUUUAGGUGGUCAUUAAUUAAUAUCAAUCAA